UAAUCCAUUUACGUUCAUCCUAAAAUUUGGGCUCAGAAUUUAGCGUCUCCUCUCGCCCUGCGAAAAUUACCGUUGACAAGCCGGAUUACGGCCAUGUCACUCGCUAGCCGCCUCCACCUCCACCUCGCCACGCCCUCCUCGCCGGCGGCAACCUGCCCCUCCCCGCGUCGCCACCGCCGCCUCGCUUACGCACGAUCGCACCGCGCUCCGCCCCUAGCGUGCGAGAAUCCGGCGCCGCGGAAGACGCUGCCGUGGUCGUCGUGGCCGUCGCCGAGGCGGCAAUGGCGGUGGAGGGGCGGCAGCCUCGGCGACGCCUCCGCCGCCGCCGAGGCCAGCGCAGGCGGUUCCGCGGAGAAGAAGAGCUUCUGGGCGGCGGUGAGCCUCAUCGUCGGCACGGCGGUCGGUCCGGGGAUGCUGGGGCUGCCAUCCGCCACCAUCCGCUCCGGACCGGUUCCCUCUACGGCAGCCAUCGUACUCUCCUGGGUCUACGUGGUGUCCUCGAUCGUCCUCGUCGCGGAGCUCAGCUUCGCCGCCAUGGAGGACGGCGGCGUCGACGAGGUCAGCUUCACGGGACUUGCGUCGAGCACCUUGGGGGCGACAGUUGGGGCGGUAGUCGCCGUCAUCUACGCCGCCCUCAGCUUCGCCCUGCUCGUCGCCUGCGUCGCCGGCAUCGGCUCGCUGGUGUCCCAGCUCUUCCCGGCGGUGAAUCCGGCCUUGGCCAACGCCCUCUUUCCAUGCUUCGCCGGGACCCUCAUCGCGUUCUUCCCGUUCAAGGCCGUCGAUGGCGCCAACCGCGCGCUCUGCGGUCUGAUGCUCGUCUCCAUCGCCGCGCUUGUGGUGACCGGGGUUUCCGUCGGCCGGAGCAGCAUGCUGAAAUCGCUCGGCUACGCUAGCUGGCGCCCUGCCACCAUCUUGCCUGCGAUUCCGGUUACUGUCCUGACGCUUGGGUUCCAUGUCAUCACGCCAUUCAUCUGCAAGAUUGUGGGGGAUUCUGUGUAUGAUGCAAGGCGGGCAAUACUAAUCGGUGGUGCUGUUCCAUUGGCCAUGGUGUUGUCCUGGAACGCGGUCAUUCUUGGGUUGGCAAGUUCUAGUGGGAGUGCAGGAUUUGAUGAUCCUAUUAAGCUUCUCCUCUCAGUGAAUCCAGCAGCAUUGCCUGCAGUUCGAGGCUUUGCGUUUGCUGCAUUGGCAACAAGCUUGAUAGGGUAUGCGGUGAGCUUUCCGAAGCAGCUGGCCGAUACUGUGGAGCUGAUUGUUCAGAGGAUUUCUCCAAAGCAUGGAAUUGGGCAACUAUUUGAAUCUACAAGUGCCCAUGGAAGAAAUGGGGCUAUUCUGACAUGGAUAGUGCUGAUCAUUCCUGUAGUUAUUGCAUCAUUCUUCUCAGCAGCCUUCUCCAAGGCACUGGAUUUUGCUGGGGUUUAUGCAAACUGCUUCCUUUUUGGAAUCCUCCCUCCUGUAAUGGCCUGGAUUCACCGAUUGCAGAAGAGGAGAUCGUCUGGUUCAUGUGAGGAUAUUUUGCCUGGUGGAAAUGUUGCUCUCUUGAUACUUUUCGGUAUUGCUGUCAUCCUAGCAUUCUGGCACUAGAUGGUGACUACUCUACAAAUCUCAGUGCCUAACCCUUCUGGAAGACAUUAGUGCCUGUACCUAGGUACUGCUUUAGAGACCCUUAUGACUCCCACCAGACAAUCUGAAUAUUCUGCACUAUUUACAUGUAAAACGUUCUGGACUUCACAAAAGUGAAAAGCAGUAGCUGGUCAGAAGUUCUAAGUGCUGAUUCGUUCAAGUUGAAAGGAGCCUGGAUAGUGGAGGCAUCUGCAAGUCGCAGGUUCCCUAUCUGGUAAAUUGAUUUGCUGCAUGCUUGCCUAAUUUGUGCGUAAGUCCUACUAUUAUGCCUGGUAAAAAAAUAUGUUAAUGGUUAUGGACUUAUGGUACUUUCUUUCUGAUUUUGAUGUGGACCAUGUGGCAAUUCUAAUUACAGUCAGCAGCUAAAACCUGUUUACAGUAACAGGCUAAUUAUUUAACUAUACUUGCUAUGUUGUCUCUACUGUUGUAUGAAGGUUU